UACACAUUAUUCUGCAUUCGCACAUUUACCAGCUAUACUGGACCCGGAGGUUCCCCCUCCGAUUUAUAUAGCACGACGCGCGCCUCCAAUUGUUACGGCGGUUGCGUCGCGCUAACGGCUCCGAGACGCGAAAGCAAACGCGAUCUGCUAUGUGUCAUAGCGAAGAAAGGCAGUAAAUACACGGGAAACGUCCGUCUGAGAGGAAGAUGGUGAUCAUGGCUUCUCUACAUUUAUCCUCUAAAUGCCUUAAUGCGAUGGCCGUGUCUACAAUCCCAGUCAAGCUCUUUCUAUGGGGGUUUCUAAUCGCUCAUCUUCCUUUGAGCUCUGUCCAGUUGGAAAGCGACGAUGAUGAAGUGACAAACAAAACGUGGGUUCUGACCCCCAAAGUGUACGAGAGUGACGUCACACAUAUUUUGAACAGCUUGCUAGACGGCUAUGAUAACAAGCUGCGACCAGACAUAGGAGUCAAACCAACAGUGAUUCACACGGACAUGUUUGUCAACAGUAUUGGCCCAGUCAAUGCCAUAAACAUGGAGUACACCAUUGACAUCUUCUUCGCUCAGACCUGGUAUGACAGACGGCUGAAAUUCAACAGCACUAUGAAGGUGCUUCGUCUCAAUAGCAACAUGGUUGGCAAAAUCUGGAUCCCUGACACAUUUUUCCGCAACUCCAAGAAGGCAGAUGCCCAUUGGAUCACCACACCCAAUCGGAUGCUUCGGAUAUCCAAUGAUGGGCGUAUAUUGUACACUUUGAGGUUGACCAUCGACGCAGAGUGCCAGCUUAAACUGAAUAACUUCCCAAUGGAUGAACAUUCAUGUCCCCUGGAGUUCUCAAGCUAUGGUUACCCCAAGGAGGAGAUCGUAUACAAGUGGAAGCGCAGCUCCGUGGAGAUCGGGGACAUCCGCUCCUGGCGUCUGUACCAGUUCUCCUUCGUUGGCUUGAGAAACACCUCAGAGGUCGUCAGGACCGUGUCAGGAGAUUACGUGGUGCUGACAGUCUUCUUUGACUUGAGCAGGAGAAUGGGUUAUUUCACCAUCCAGACGUACAUCCCCUGUACUUUGAUUGUUGUCCUGUCCUGGGUCUCAUUCUGGAUUAACAAGGAUGCCGUUCCAGCCAGAACCUCUUUGGGAAUCACAACCGUGCUCACUAUGACCACACUGAGUACCAUCGCUAGGAAGUCCUUACCCAAAGUGUCAUACGUCACAGCUAUGGAUCUCUUCGUAUCCGUGUGCUUUAUAUUUGUUUUCGCUGCUCUGAUUGAGUACGGAACGCUGCAUUACUUUGUGAGCAACCGCAAACCCAGCAAAAACAAAGACAAGAAGAAGAAGAAUCCCCUCUACCGGCUCUUUUCCUCAAAGCAGGCCCCCACUGUGGACAUCCGCCCGCGCUCGGCCACCGCCAUCCAGAUGAACAACGCAACCCACAUGCAGGAACGUGACGAAGAGUACGGGUACGAGUGUCUGGACGGGAAGGACUGCACCAGCUUCUUCUGUUGCUUUGAAGACUGUCGCUCCGGAGCGUGGCGGCACGGGCGCUUGCACAUCCGCGUUGCAAAGAUAGACUCUUACGCCCGCAUUUUCUUUCCUACUGCAUUCGGUCUAUUCAACCUAGUUUACUGGGUUUCCUAUCUGUAUCUCUAAAACACCCCCUACAUAUGUUAGGCAGGCCUUAUUUUAUGUUACAGAUUCCAGCAAGACCAUUUCUUCGAAACACGAACCCACGCGAAAAUAUUUUCGUUGCGUUGUUGUUUUGUUUUUUUUAUGUGCGUGUGUGUAUUAGGAUGAUUUUGUGUUUAUGUAAAACAUGAGUUGUUGGUUUGUCUAUGUUUACAUUUUUUCUAGCGAGUAUAUCUUGUGCACAAAGCAAAAGAUGUAGCAAAAAAAAAACCAACUAAAAAAAAACAUUUGCGAAGUGGGAAAGUACGCAAACCUCCAUUCGUGGGCUCACACCUGAAAUUUUCAGAAUCAUUAGGAGGCAAAAAAAAUGAAACCUGGAGGUAAUGCAUGUCAACAUUUCCUAUUAGCCCCUAAAGAGUGAGCACUUGCACAAAAGAGUUGAGAUUUUGGGAAACCAUAUCCAAACGCAUGGCUGCCAGGCCUAUAUGAGAUGAACCAAUCAAAUACUAAAAAAAAACUUGACCUAGGAUUCUAGUUAUUUUUGCAUUCUUAAUAUAUUCAAUGUAAAAAAUUAAGUGUUUGAAAUUUCUAUGCCAUUGGUUAACCCUGGAGUUUUUCAUGUGUGGUCACAGCUGGUUAAAUGUAUGGUCAUUUGUACAAACGUUGUAAAUAGUUGAAUACUGUAUAAUGUAGUGAUAUACAUCAUACUGCAUGCACUUUUCAGGCCAAAAAAAGAGCAAAUAUUUAAAGUAUUCUAUCUUUAGUUUAUAUAAGGAACAAAGGGUCAGCAAAGCUCAACUUGAACAGUUCAGUAUACAUUUUCCAUUAUUUAUGACCACUUAUAGAUAUCUGUCAUUUAUACUGUAGAUGCACAACUAUGUUGUUAUAUGUACAAAAAUACUCAAUGACUGUUUUAAAUAGUGCAUCCUGGACUUUUGGUUCUGAGUUUCUUGUCCAAACUUGGAUAGGUGUGAAAUAUAACUGCAAAAUAAUUACCAACUAGAUGAUAAUUCCAAUCAUCUUUGAGUUACAAGUUGCUGGGGUGAGUAUUCUGAUACUGACAUACAGUGGCCCCAAAAGUAUUUGGACACUUAAGACCCUCUUGCUUGAAUGUCAUUGCGUUAGGUUCAAAAUUCAAAGUGACACGUCAAAUGCUACUAGACGAUUUCUUAGAACUAACUUAACUUUUCUGAGCCAGAUUGCUAUGAAUUUUAGAAAAUGUUGCAGUUCAAGACAAACUUUGAUGCUGGCUUGAAAAGUUGAAGUUCAGAAGCUCCAACAGAAAAGGUCAGAUAGAUACGUCAAUGCAAGUCUAUGGGAUUUUUGGCCACUUUGAAGGUCAGAUACAGAAAAACCUAAAGUCUGAUCAAUGAAAAAAGACAUAUCACAUAAAGUCAUAGCACUCUCAAGGUCUGUACCAAUUUUGGUGAAUGAAGCUGGAAAGCUGAAGGAGGAAACAUUGGUCUUUGUUUAGGCAUUUUGGAAAAACCUUAAACGAGUCUGUCAAGCCAACAAAACUAUGGACAUGUUCCACUGAGUUUGACACCAGACUAUUAUUUGUCUCGUUGUCAACAUUAGCUCCAUUGUUUUAUAAUUUACUGUAAAACCUAACAAACUUAUAUUUGUGCUAUCUCUGUUUAAAAUUGCUUUGAUAUUUGUUUAAUUUAAUGCAAUGACAUUUUUCAUUGUGACUUAAAUGCCCCAACACUUUUUGGGGUCGCUGUAUAUACGCAAGUCUACUGAUAAACCUUACUAGCAAAGUCAAACUUAGUAAGAUGGAAACAAACUACUAUAUGAUACAGUAGUUCUCCUAUAAAAGAACCAUCUUAGGAAACACACAUUUAUUUAUUUAUUUAUUUAACAGAAAUCAGGAGUCUAUACCAUGCAUUUCACUUGAGAGAAAAGCUCUUAUUUCAGUGAAAUUUGGAGGAUAUCUGUAGAGGUUACUCAGCUGUUUUUGUUGUAAUUUGCAAAAUGAUAUUCAAGCAUGUAUUAUUUCAUAUUAUAUUUACAACAUUAGCAUUGCUGAUUACAUACAUAAGAAACAAACCGAUUUCAAAACAUUCUGAACCAUCAACGGUAACACUUUACAAUAAGGUUACAUUCUGCAAGUAAGGGAUAAUGUACAGUCAGCCAGUUGUUACCGCAAAUUAUUACACGGCUCUCUGGAAGACUUGAUUCUGGUUGGUCAGUGGCGCCAUCUAACAGUCUGAGUAACAACCGGACUUCCGGGGACUAAGACAUAGCAGACCGGUCAUUGCCAAUGAUCUUUCAUACUUUUCGCAUCACUGUGCAAUCUCUACAAGUAAGCUAAUAAAAUAAUUUAAGCUCAAAUCAAUGUUUCAUGUCCAUUAAUUGUUUCAUUUUCCAUGUAGUCUUGUAAUAAGCUGUAUAUUGGUGUCCUGUUUAACCUGUCAGGUUUUAUUUUGGGAUAGCAACUAGCUGACUGUACAUUAUCCUGCUUAUUACAUGGCUACAAACCAAAUAAUUAAAUAAAUGGACAAAAAAAUACAGAUUUGCAUUGAAAUUAUGUGAGAAGAAAUAAAAGCUGAACAGUUGAUUUGCACCUCCGGUUUACAUCGAAGAUCUGUUGGUGUUUAUUUUGUAAAGUAAUGACCGUGACUGCUCAUUAUCCAGCUUAUUACAUGACUACUUGCCAAAUCAAUUAGUAAAUGGAAAUGAAACAAUGAUUUGAGUUGAAACUAUUUUAUUAGCUUCCUUGUAGAGAUCGCGCAGUGAUUCUGAGAAGUAAGAAAGAUGACCGUUCUGAGAAUUGAGUAUUCCAGAGACCCGUGUAAUAGCAUUAGUUAAUGCAUUAGGUAUUGUAAACUAACAAUGAACUAUAUAUUUGAUUUUUUACAGCAUUUCUUCAUCUUUGGUAAUGUUAGUUAAUAAAAAUACAAUUGUUCACUGCUAGUCCAUGUUAGUUCAUAGUGCAUUAACUAAUGUUAAUACAACUUUUGAUUUAUUUAUUUUUUUUAUGUAUUACUAUAUGCUGAAAUUAAUCAAUAUAAAUAAUUGCUGUUAAAGUGUUGAUCAUUGUUAGUUUAUGUUAACUAAUGUUGACAAAUGGAAACUUAUUGUUAAUUGCCAUCCAAUCAACUAGAAAUCUCACCCCAAUCCCACAGUAACUAUGUUUAUGAGUAUUUUUGGACUAGGACACCACUGUAAGCAUUAUCGCACAAAAACAAAAGUGAAACAAACACCAAAACAAAUGCAAAAAAACAACAACAAAAAACACUGUGGAUGAAAAUAUUAGACUUGUUGAAUGUUUUAGGAUACAAGCAAGUGUAAAGAUCGCUUUCCACUGCUGAAGCGAACAUAAUCCUUUUCUUUCUUAUUUUUGCAAUUUUUAUCCAACUUUCUAUCUAACUAAUUGGACAAGUGCAACUGUUUGGUAGCAAAGACUACAGAUAAGCAAAAUGUUUCUGAUUAUUACAUAAUCUUGACCUGUAGAACAUGCAACAUAACAAAACUACACAGUUCAUAAUUUCCCAACCCUAUACAUUGCAACUGAACACUGCAUUCAGUACGGUUUUGCAUUUUGUGGAUAUGAAAGCAUCUUGAUCUAUUUGCAUUAUACACGUGAGCAUGGUUAAUCUUUGAAUCGUUUUUAUUCAUCCUAAAAUGAGCUGUCAUAAAGAGUGUAUAUAAGACUCCCAGUAGAAUCAGUUUUCUGUUAAUAAGCCUCUCUUACUCAUAUCAGAGCGUAAUCUUUUUGCACAUACGAUUUUUAGAGCAGAGCUCGGAUCAAAUCAACAGACAGACCCAAGGGACGUCACAAAGUCAUGAAAAAUGUCCUGUUUUAAAGGUAUAAUUCAGUAUAGAUAACCAUAGAUGAGUCACAUGGUACUUAUGGUUGGUGUUAGCAAUAGGAUCAUGUGAAUGUGCAUAUCAUUUUAGUGCCAAAAUAUGAACCAUUUUGUAUUCUACCUUCUAAAUGCCCGAUGUUUCAGUAAUCAUCCCAUAUAUCUUUGCUGAUUGGUAAAUAAAUUGGAACAUACUAUUGGUGUAAUGUAGAAUUACCAGUUCCACGUCAAGUUCAACCUUAAAUGAAGUUAUACACCCCUAUCUGUUAUUCUUGUGUUUAAAUAUUCACAUUACAAUAUAUCACAUUAAAUAUUUGGUAUAAUACAUGUAAACGGAAGAAAAUUUAUAUUAAUGGUUUAUUUAUUUUCAGGAAUUCCCAAAUUUUAAAGGCCUCAAUUUGGCCCAGCAGGGAUUUACAAAACAGUUAGACAGUGACAGUAUUUUAUUUUUUCAUUAUUAUUAUUAUGUAUUCAACCCCUUUACCAAUUCCCUCGAUUGAUUUGAAGUCUCUUUUUCUUUUUUUUUUUAAUGUUCCUUAAUUUAUUUUGAUAUGCUAAUGUGACAUUAUGUAUGCUAAACAUAUGCAUUUCACUUGAAAUGGGCAAGUAUUACAAUCAAAAAGUACCAAAGUACCAUUUUGUACCUUGGAGAGCCAUGUAAAUAUCGUAGUACAUAAAUAUGCUAAUCAUUCAAAGCAUUGUAUAUAUCAAAGUACCAUGGUUUUACUAUCUGAUACCAUCACUGCACUAUUGUGCUGCUAUAGUACUUUUUGUAUAAUGGAUGUACCAUCUUCACACUCUUUCCAGGUGUAAUUUUCACUUAUUCUUCCUUACACAUUUGCUCCUUUUUGUUUGCAUCCCAAUUUUCAAAUGAACACAGUUUUCACAUGGUUCUGUUUGAGCAAUAGCUUGUUUAGUGCCACCAUACACAGAUAAGUGUUAGAGAUGUUGUUACAUCUCCAUUACUCUAGUAGUGAAGCUCUGAAGCACCCUCAGCAUUUCCUAACUUUUUCUUUUCUUACAAGUCCCCUUUCAUGUUAAUGCAGAUUUGAGGAAGUUUUGAUGUUUUAAACUUCUGUUGCCUGAUAAAUGAAUCAUCAGUAUAUCCAAACACUGUAGUCUUGUCCUAAUAUCUUCCUAAUUUAACCUCUUUGAAAAGCUCUUUAAUCUACAUUUUCAGUUAUCCUUUACAAUCAGCCUGCAUUAUGAUUCUUUAACUGGGGAUUUGUCCGGAAUAUGUGGCAGUUAUUUUAAUCAUUGAAAGAGAGCAAUUGUAAGGUAAUUAUGUUAUUUUAAUUUAAUUAUCACAUAUAACGUGUGUGUGUGUGUGCGCGCGCGCACUACUGGUCAAAAGUUUUAGUUUUUUUUUCUCUCACAUUUAGAAUAAUAGUAAAGUCAUCAAAACUAUGGAAUAACAUAAAUGGAACUAUGGGAAUUAUGUUGUGACUAAAAUAAUCCAAAAUAAAUCAAAACUGUGUUAUAUUUUAGCAUCUUCAAAGUAGUCCCCAAUGUGCUCUUGACAUUUUCGCCAGCAACUUCUUGAGCAAUCACCCUGGGAUGCUUUUUAAACUGUAUUGAAAGAGUUCCCAUCUAUGUUGGGCACUUAAUGGCUGCUUUUCUUUAUUAUUUGGUUUAUAAAAUGUGUAAUUUAUGCACCACUAAUGCAACCAAAUGCAAAUGACUGAUCUCAUGAUAAUAACGUGACUGUGGCAAUAUUUUUACAAAAUGAAAUUAAGUGGUUCAUUAAACGUUUCGCUGCAGUUUUGAGGUGAAAUGUCCAGUGAGGGGCACUAAAAGAAAGUUAAAUGUUAAUGCUCUAUGCCGUUUUAAAUUAACAAAACCUACCUUACUACCAUAAACCUUUAACCUAAACCUAACCGAUAGUGUCAUAAAAAGCAAAUGUGAGGUGAUAGAGCAUUAAAGCAAAUGUGAGUAAAAAAACAAACAAUUUAGCUGAAUCAAUCGUUGGUUCUUUAUGACACUUUCGGUUCACAUUUCAACUUGCGUGCUGUAUCAAACACGGGUCUUAUGCGUUCGUAGUCUAACACUAACAGUCAUGUUUAAAUUAGUGUGUAAAUGUAGUUGGUUAUGUAAUGCCAGGGUAAAAAUGUGUUGUCUCUUAAAUAUGCGUUAUAGUGUGUGUUUCAAUUUCAUAAAAUAGAAGUGUUUAUUAAGUCUUAAUCUGGCAUUUUACUCGGGAUUUGAGUGAAAGUGAAUACAAGUCAUUGUUGUUGUUGGGUCUCUAGUGUUCAUUUCACCAGAAAACUGCAGUGAUAAAAGCAGGUAAAACUCAUUUUGCAAAAAUGUAGUUCUAGUAAUGUGAUUCUAUGAGACCAGUGGCCUAUAUCACAAAGCAGGAUUAAGCAGCUAGCUAGGGAAAUUUAAAAUUAGUUUGAGCAAACUCUGAAUUUGCGGUACCAGUAAAGUGGAUAGGUUUUCAUCAGGGUUCAUCUACAUAGUGACAUGCGCUACAUGGCUAACCCGUGCCAGGGCAGGUUAUUUAGCUGAUCAGAGAUCUCAGAGAUGUUCAAACAAACAUCGCGAAAAAGAGCCACAGUGUUUACAUUUUUAUGAUGAAUCAGCCUUUAAAAUGCUAACAUAUUUGUCUUUGUAUUUUAAACAGAGACGUAUUUUAAUAAUUAUAAAUAAUUGCUUUGAUUUCAAGUUGAUAGAUUUAAAUGAGUGAACUGGUUAAAGGACUGAAUACUAUUGCAAGGCACUGCAUAUGUUUCUUGCAUCGAAGAGAGUCUGUUCGGGGUGGGAAAACCACAAUUUAAAAGAAAGUUAAUGAAACUUUCUCUUGUGUGUGUCUGUUGCUUAUUAACAUUGACAAAUGAACAUAUUGACUCACAUCAGUUGUGAUGGUGUCUUCUCCAUUCUAUCUUUUUCAUUCAGUGUAAAACCUGAUAAAUGUGUGAGCUUAAUUACAAAUAGUCUCUUCCACAUAUCAAAGGUUUAUGUUUGGUAUAAAUUUCAGUUUAGCUGCAGUUGAUUUUUGACAGCUCAUUAAUUGUCAGAUUACAUUUGAGUUGUUUUACAUGGCAGUCCGCUCAGAAUAUUAUAUUUAUUUAUUUUUUGUAAAAUGGAUUGCAAGAAUAUGAUCAUACAUGUACAAAAAUACAAAUCUCAUGAACUUAAAAGUGUUUUCUAGUAAAAACUACGACAUUUGUGAAGAGCAUAUGUAAAUAAUACCUAUUGUUACAUAUUUUAUUGCGAUCUGGGAAACAAUAAAUCAUUUAACA